GUCGCCCCACUCCUCUCGGCGCCGCUCGCCCGCCGAGCGCAGCCGCCGCGGCGGGGUCCGCCCGACGUGCCGCACCAUGGGCAGCCAGGGCUCCAAGGCGGCCAAGGCGGGGAGCAGCGCCCCGCCGCCCGGCCCCGCCGCCGAGCCCGCCAAGGCCAACGGGCAGGAGAAUGGCCAUUUGAGGCUCAACGGGGAGGUGACACCCAAGGUGGGUGAUGAGGCGCCCCCCCUGAAUGGGAAUGGCUCGGCUGAGCCCCUCAAGGAGGAGAGCAAGGGCGAGCCGGGCGGUGGGGAUGCCAUCGAGCCUGCUCCCCCCACCGAAGGGGGGGAUGCUAAAGCCGAAGGUGCCACAGCCCCUAAGGACACCCCCAAGAAGAAGAAGAAGUUCUCGUUCAAGAAAUCCUUCAAGCUAAGCGGGAUCUCGUUUAGGAAGAACAAAAAAGAAGCCGGGGACUCCUCCGGGUCCUCUCCCACGGAGGACCAAGGCAAGGCAGAGGCCAAGGGAGAGGAGAACCCCGCGUGCUCGGCCGGUGGGACGGAGCCCUCGGCCCCCCCCGGCGGAGGGGACGCCGGAGGAGCAGGGCAGCCCGGCUGCCGAUGGGCAGCAGGGAGCCGAGCCCAAGAGGGAGGAUGCAGAAGCUGGAGAAAGCAAGGAAGAAGAGAAGCAGCAGCCAGGGGAAAGCCACGGGGAUACGGCCAAAGCGGGGGAGCCCUCAAACCCCGCGGGGCCUGAGCCUACAGCAGCUGCGGCGGUGGAGCAGAAGGAAGAGUAGAGCCUGCUUGGCAUCGUCCUGACUUAAGACUCUUACACCAUCCUCUCCAUCCCGGUAACACCACGGACUCGCUGCCUUGCCCACACACCUCCCUGUCCCACCUAGAACUGACACCACUUUCUAAAACCGACACCCCUCCCUCUUCCCCCAGUUAUUUCUUCCCCUCCCUCUUAGAAAGCUGGUUUGGAUUCCCACCACCACCACCACUUGGGAGUAGUUCUACCUGAAUCCUUAAAAACCACGGAGGAAGACUAUCCUGGAUGUAACUGGAAUUUACAGUUUGCGAGAACCCCCAUCUCCCAUCGCGCCCUGGUGUCCCUGCUGGUGUCCUGGCUGUCCCCUCUCCUCCUGGCAGCCUGCAAAGCCCAGCAAGCCAGGGACUGUUCAAUGGAUUUAUUUCCGCCCCCCCCCCCCCCCAGUUUACAUUCCUGGUUCUGACUUCAUUUAAAGUAUUUUGUGCUUUUUAUAGAAAUCGAUGGUUUAAAAGCUAAUCUGGUUAGUUUUUUAUAAUGUCUUACUAUUGGCUUAAAACCAUAAAGCUUGUAAGUCCGCUGUGUUUAAUUCUGCUUCUAAGGGAUAACUUCUAGGGUGUGGGGUGGAGGGAGGGGGCUUGCCAGCUGUAUAAUGUGAAGCAACAUUGUUUUCUCUGUAAAUAAUUUUUUAAUGGCCAAAACACUUGAUUUGCAAUUUUCUAACUUCUAAAAAAAAAAAAAAAAAAAGAGCUGUAUGGGCUUUCUUGUAACAUUUGAAAGGAAUAAAUGGUGACCCCUUCA